GGCGCAGAGCGCGCGGCGCGGCGCAGGGAGCAGAGCGGGCAGAGGCGGAGCGGCUCCGGGCCUCCUCACACCUCCUUCUCGUCCGUGCCGUGCCUCGCCCUCCCGGGGUGGCCCUGUCACUGUGAAGGUUCACGAUGUCUGACAGAAAGGCUGUGAUCAAGAAUGCGGACAUGUCUGAGGACAUGCAGCAAGAUGCUGUGGACUGUGCUACACAGGCAAUGGAGAAGUACAACAUAGAAAAGGACAUUGCAGCAUAUAUAAAGAAGGAAUUUGACAAGAAAUACAACCCAACUUGGCACUGCAUUGUUGGCAGAAACUUUGGCAGCUAUGUAACACACGAGACAAAGCACUUCAUCUAUUUUUACUUGGGUCAGGUUGCAAUUCUUCUCUUCAAGUCUGGAUAGGAAGUAGGAGCAGGUGAAAUUUGGACUGUAAUGCACUGAUGGCUGAAGCCACGACUCCCUUUAACAUGGCUAUGCCGCUGCAUGGACUGUAUACUAUAUUUAAUGUGUAUAUGUUGCAGUAAAAAUCUACUUCUGUUUAGUUGCCUGGGAAGAAGGCGGCAUUUUUUUGUUACUGCUUUUUUUGGUUGUAUUGCACUAGGAAACCUGUAAAUGCUUAAAACAAUGGCCUUUACGUGGGAAGAAAUAAAACUAUUCCACAACAGCUCC